UGGAGUAGCUCCAUAACCUAAUCUUGCUAAAGCUGCGCCGGAUUGAUCAUUCCCGGACUUGUGUCGCGUGAAGUUUAUAUAGAUAUAUAGAUAUUUAUUUAUAAAGUAGCUCUCGAGCGACCUUUCGUGAGUGCAAGACAAAUUUUCGUUAAGCAUAGGCGCUUUUACACGGUGGUUCGACAUUCAUUAGUCGUGUAGGUCAGCUUUAGUGAAAAAAAUUUCAGAUUUCCUUAUAUGGACGCUUUUUUCCUCUCGAAACAUUUGGUCACUCGUAUCUUUGUGUUCGCGCAAUGUUUACACCCUUACAGUAGUGUUGAAAUAUUAAUACAAAUGGUCUUAAAAGCUAAAGGCAGUCUGACAAUGACGCACGCUACUGAAAAUCUGUGAACUUUUGAAGAAAAAUUUGAAUAGCCGUCAAGAGAAUAAUCAGACUAGGGAGAGGAAAUUUUCCUUGCAGUGCAGUGGAUAAACAAAACCUCAACAAUGAUGGAGCUAAGUCACAGUUUGACCCUCAACGAGGAUGCCCUGAACCAGAUACCAGAGGCAAAGAGACCAGUUUUUGUUUUUGAAUGGCUGCGCUUCUUGGAAAAAGUUUUAGUUGCAGCACAAAAAAGCGAUAUCAAAGGCUGUCAACAAAAAUUGGUUGAACAGCUGACUCGACACAUGCAAGGUGCCCCAGGCCCUCCAACUAGAAGACUCAUCGCUCGAUGUUUAGCUACAUUAUUCAGUGUUGGUGACACAUUCCUUCUCUUUGACACGGUUAACGAAUGCAACGACAUACUGAAAAACAAAGAUGAUUCCCCCAGUUUUCUUCCUACAAAAUUAGCUGCGAUCUGCUGUGUUGGUUGUAUGUACGAGAAACUUGGAAGAAUGAUGGGAAGAUCGUACGAGGAAACAGUACAGAUACUGAUCAAGUCGUUGCGAUCUGCAGAAUCACAAACUCGGAUAGAAAUUAUGCAUACUUUGGAAAAGGUCUGUGCUGGGAUGGGAUCAGCUGUGACAAACGUCCAUAAAGAAAUUUACAAAGUUUGUCGGCAUUGUCUUACUGACAGAGUAAUGGCAGUUCGUUGUGCCGCAGCAAAGUGUCUUCUUGAGAUGUUGAAUCACGCUCCCUUUCUGUACACAACGGAAAUUGAGAGCGUUGCCACAUUGUGCUUCCGUGCUUUCGAAGGCUCGAAUUACGAAGUUCGAUGCUCAGUAGCGAAACUUUUGGGGACAUUAGUUGCGAUGACUCAGCUCCCAGCUCCAAAGGGGAAAAAUCCGACAGUGAGUCAGGGUAAAACGGUGAAACCAAUUUCCCUUGAGGAAGUAUUGAAUAUCCUUAUGUCAGGAUUUUUGCGUGGUGGUGUCGGAUUUCUCAAAGGUACCGGAGAAAUCAUAAAGGGGAGCUCGGGCGUUAAUAGGGAAGUUCGUGUUGGAGUUACACAUGCUUACGUGGUGUUCGUUCAAAUGCUUGGAGGGGCGUGGCUAGAACGAAACAUCGGUACGUUAGUCGCUCACGUUCUUGAUCUCGUCGCGAAUCCAAAAGCUGCAAGCUCUCACGUAGACGCGGUAUAUUCGAGAAAGUGUAUAAACUUUAUACUUCGUGGUACAAUCGGAAAACUCCUCGGCGAAGGUGCUCAGGCUGCAGCGUGCAAAGAAAUAGCUCAUGUUAUCUUGAAACAAAUGAAUUCAAUAGAUUUUAGUCCUGAAAAUGCUAAAGAUUCUAAUCAAGAGACGUUGUUCAGUCAACAUUUGUUGGUAUGUGCUCUUCAAGAGAUGGGAAAUUUGAUACUGGGUCUUGGAACAACAGCGACAAAUCUACUCUCCGAUCAAUCUCUCAGUUUGAUCGACACGACAAUGACUGUAUUGGUGCACCCAUGUCAAGCAGCAAGACUCGCAGCAGCUUGGUGUCUACGAUGCAUAUGUGUGGCAGUACCGAGUCAAAUAACACCGUUGAUCGAUCGUUGCGUCGAGGGUAUCGAGAACAUGCGAAGUUCGCCGGAAGCAAUUGCCGGUUAUAGCAGCGCGCUCGCUGCGGUUCUUGGCAGCGUUCGUCUGUCGCCUCUCGGUGUGCCUCACACCAAAGGCAAAAUAAUCUUUAAUACGGCGGAAGAAUUGUUACGCAGCGCCAGCCAAAAUAGUCGGUUGUCCCUUAAUCGAACGCACGCUGGUUGGCUUUUAAUCGGAGCUAUAAUGACCCUCGGAACCGCUGUCGUCAAAGGUCUUUUACCACGAAUGCUUUUACUGUGGCGAAAUUCAUUCCCACGCUCGACCAAAGAGCUUGAGAGUGAAAAAGCACGCGGUGAUGCUUUCACAUGGCAAGUGACCCUCGAAGGACGCGCUGGUGCUUUGUCAGCUAUGCACAGCUUUCUACUUCAUUGUCCUGAAUUAUUAAACGAAGAUAUAACGAGACGACUUCUGACACCGAUUGAAUCUGCGCUGGCUAUGCUCACCAAUUUAUCCCCUGUUUUGAAAAAUUAUGGACAACAACUGAAAGCUCCAGCAGCGAUGGUUCGUCUACGUUUGUACGAGACACUUCUCCUCUUGCCACCUCAAGCUUUCGAAGGAUCGUACACCCAUUUACUCCGCAUGCUCGUUUCCGAAUUCACUUUGACUGAAAAUCCGGGAAACACUACCACUUCGCUUCUUCGCAUUGUUUGUAACGCCAAUGAUUCGGUUAUUCUUGGCACGUGGCUUCAGGAAACCGAUCAUCGCACUAUAGAGGACCAGAUGGAACCAAAUCGACGAGCCGAUGUGGAACACUUGCAGCCAAACAGUGCGGCAGGUUCUGGGGCUCUGGAGCACAAUUCAUGCUGCUUGUACAGACCGGUACCACCAAAUGAAAUAAUCCCGGGGCCUCUUCCUCUCGGGGUUGCUGUAAUCGACCUCUCAGUCUCGCUUUUCGGGCAGAUUUUUCCGCGGGUGGCGAACAAGCAUCGUUUGCAGAUGCUCGAUCACUUUAGCGAGUGCAUAAAACACGCAAAAUCCGGACGACAAGAAGCCAUACAGAUGAAUGUAUUCACCGCUGUUUUGAGUGGCUUGAAAGGACUCAAUGAAGCCAAAACUGGUUUCGGUCAGGAAGACGUUAAAAAAUCUGCUACUAGUCUCAUAAUCAGUACUUUGGUAAGCAGCAACUCGAUACUCCGUUGGGCAGCUGGAGAAGCUGUCGGAAGAAUGGCUCAAGUCAUAUCCGAUCCUAAAUUCACUGCUGAGUUGGCACAGACGAGCUUCGAUCGUUUGAAAUCAGCUCGCGACGUUGCCAGCCGGACUGGACAUUCCUUGGCUCUUGGUUGCCUCCACAGAUAUGUCGGUGGCAUGGGCUCAAGUCAACAUCUUAACACAAGUGUCAGCAUUCUACUUGCACUUGCACAAGACAACUCCUCCCCGGUCGUACAGGUUUGGGCACUCCACGCUUUAUCGCUGAUUGCUGAUUCCGGGGGCCCAAUGUUCCGUGGCUAUGUCGAACCAACACUUUCACUCGUUCUUACUCUCCUUCUGAACGUAUCACAUUCCUACAUCGAUGUUCACCAAUGCAUUGGAAAAGUAUUGUCAGCACUAAUUACAACGAUCGGUCCAGAACUGCAGGGAAACACAUCGAGUAUCUGCAUGGCUCGUUCUUCGUUCCUGUGUGCAUGCGCUAUAAUGCAAGAUCAUCAAGAUCCUCUGGUCCAAGCUGAGGCCACAGGUUGCCUGCAGCAGUUGCAUCUGUUUGCACCACGUCAUGUGAACUUGUCUUCACUCGUGCCAACGUUGUGUCGCACCCUCUCCAGCAAUCAUUUGCUACUGCGGAAAGCCGCAAUCUCUUGUCUUCGACAGUUGGCUCAGCGCGAAGCAAAAGAGGUCUGCGAGCACGCUAUGACUCUUGCGAAUGAGAGUCGAGAUACGAAUGUCGUCGAAGGAUUGACGAUCACUGAAACUGGACUUCCGGGCGUUCUAUUCAGCAUGCUGGAUACCGAAACUGACAGCAGACUCAUCAAAGAUAUUCACGAUACUCUUACUAGCAUGCUGCAAAUGUUGGCCGCUGAUAAUUUAUCACAGUGGCUGUCACUCUGCAAAGAUGUUCUUACAGUUGCGUCGGAGUCGAGUACACCAGAAGAAUCAACUGCGAUCGCUGUAGAGGACAGUGCAGCCGAUAACGAAAGCGUUGAUGGAGAAGGUGAUGAUGAUCAAGCGGAGUUUCAUGCUGAUGAAUCUAAACAACGACCAACGGUUUCGCCUCGUUGGCCAACUCGAGUAUUUGCUGCACAAUGCAUUCGCCGUAUUAUUGCAGCUUGCGUCAAUAACAAACAGGCACACUUUGACCUGUCCAUGGCUAAAGAAUUGCAACUCAUCAAAGGAAGAGGCGAUUACUUAGUUCUCCACCUGUCGGAUCUUGUCAGAAUGGCAUUUAUGGCAGCAACCAGCGAUUGCGAUCCGUUGCGUCUGGAGGGUCUUCAGACGCUUCAGGAGAUAAUCGAUAAAUUUGCAAAGGUGCCGGAGCCCGAGUUUCCGGGUCACUUAUUGCUGGAGCAAUUCCAAGCGCAAGUAGGUGCAGCACUAAGGCCAGCAUUUGCGACCGAAACAGCGUCACACGUUACGGCAGCUGCUUGCGAGGCCUGCAGCGCUUGGAUCGGUAGUGGAGUAGCUCGGGAUUUGAACGAUCUUCGUCGGGUGCAUCAGCUGUUGGUUUCGUCAUUGGAAAAGUUACGGGACGGCCACACCCGUCCGCAGCUGUACAACGAGAGUCUGUCGACGUUGGAACGUUUAGCAAUAUUAAAAGCUUGGGCCGAGGUUUACGUCGUAGCGAUGAUAAACGACGGUUCGGCACCAGACACGCGGGAAGUAACGCAUCGGAACAUCAAUAAAACCGACGAAAACGACGGAGAAGCUUUCGGCGACUUUGAGUUCCAAAACGAAAGUCUUUUGAGCCUGGUACAACCAGAACUUUUGAGUUUAAGCCAAAAUUGGUUGGCUGCGCUACGCGAUCAUGCGCUUCUUUCCUUACCACCGGAAUUCUCGAGCCAAUUGCCGCACGAUGGCGGAGCGUUUUAUACGACCGACACGAUGGAAUCUGCACGGCCAUAUUACGCGAAAUCCUGGUCACCGAUACUCCACGCAGCAGCUCUUUGGCUUAACGCACGCGGUUUCGAGAUUGAGGAGUCGACUAAACCAGCCGCAAAAAAUCCACCCCCGACCAAUCAAAAUAGCAACAACAAUAAUAACAACAAUAACGUUAACACGAAAACGGACUCGAAUAUUGACAGAUUUCAUUUGCUCUUUGGCAUUUGCAUGGAAGCUCUUUGCAGCUCCCGUUCGUCCGAAUCCGUUCAAAAUAUCGAGACAUGUUUGAGCGCCCUUUACACACUCCUCGAUUCCAUAUGGGCACGCAAAGUUCUCAUAACCGAUCGUUCCCUCCCGAUCGAAUUGUGUAACGUUCUUCAUCGAUUGCUUCUCACUCGCGAUAGUUACGCCGUACAGAUGAUGACGAUGGAAGUACUGAAACAAGUAUUGAGGGCGAAUCAGGAAAAUCUGGCUGAUUGCAAGAAAAUUAAACUCAAAGAAUUAGUACCAGCAAAUCAAGAAGCGAGAGAUAUCGUCGAACUCGAUUUUCUCGGUGAAGGAGGAGAAACCGGUGAAUUGGUACCUGGAAAAUCACUCGUAUUUGCCUUGCUCGAAGUUUGUCUUUGUUUGCUAGUACGGCAAAUUCCCGCGUUGAACCCUAAUCCUGAAGGUGCAACUGCUAUUCUUUCACAUCGGAGUUAUGCACAAACUGAAGAGAAUGGGAAACUCAUCGCUGCAGCACUGAACGUUAUGGAGGCUCUUCCGACGCUGUGUUCGCCCAAAGGAGCUGUGGCGAUACUUCCAACUUUGUUAUAUCUAACAACCGGAGUUGUACGAGAAACAGCGGUACGUGCUGACAAUGAAGCCGCUCGAUCGUCCUCGGAAGCACCUGGACACGCAGCUCUCCACUGUCUUAAAAGUUUGAUAGUCGACAAAUACUCUCGCGAUCAACGAAGUCAGGAAGAAUGGACUGUUCUGUUACAAAGUGCGUUAGCGAAAAUAAUCGAUCUCGCUAAAACGGUUAGCAGCGAAGCUAAAAUGGACGAAGUUACGAUGAUGCUUGGUAUAGCGGUUUUCGUACUUCACGCAUUGCCGGACGUCGUCAGUGCCCCAAAUCUUCAAUUUCCUUGCAUAAAUCACUUUCGCCAAGCGAUACAGUCCGACAACAUGAUGGUUAAACUAAAAUGCGUUCAAACUCUUAAAACGAUAUUUGUUCAUCCCGAAAGGAGUAUUAGUACCCCAUACAUUCACGCACUUGCUCCAAGACUCGUGGAAUAUUUAUAUAGUGACAAAAGCAAACAAGUUACGAGCGAAAUCGAGCUGUCUUUCACUCUCGAAUGCAUUAGCACCAUCGAAGCACUGAUCGCGCUAGCGGAACCAACAAAUCGGGAUCUCAUGCAAGGUAUACAAAUGCUCACGCUACUAGUGCCAAUUUUAAUCAACUAUUUACUGGAGGGUGAACAGUUACAAUAUGCCACAAGAUUCCAGACGAGCCUUCAUCAACAGAGCUUUCAGUGGCUCAACAAGAUUGGUCCAAAAUAUCCUCAGGAAUUCAAAACCCUGAUGUCUCAAUCGACUGAAUUGAAGACAAAGUUGGAGAACGCAGUGCGUUCGUCACACCAGCAAGCCCAGCGACCGGUGAGACAAACUGGGACCAUAAAACAGCAGAUGAAAGCUCCAGCACCGUCGAUCAAACUGAAAACUGAUUUUUCGAAUUUUAGUCAAGCGUGAUUAUGAGAUUUGGUUACGAGGGCAUACAAAAUUUCAGUUUUUUUAUCUGGGUGAGAGUGAAUGAGUGAGAAGGGAAUGAAGGGAAUAGGUUUUCAAUCGUCAUUAAAGUUUGAGCUGCAACUUUAGAAAAUACGAGUUUUAUUUUCAGGCACCUCUUUUUCUCAUCGUUUUUAAGAUUUUAGUCCGUGAUUCCGGGGUAUAAACAAGUAUGAAAAUAAUUGAUCCUUAUAUUUGUACAGAACAGAAUUAGUAUUUAUUAUUAGAUUUGAAUGAAUUUAUACCAGGUUGACGGCGCAAAAGUCGUGCACAUCGCGCAAUAUAAAUCGUGCAUUUUCGUAGAUUGCUAGACAAGUGGGCGACGCGAUGCAAGAAAAAAUAAAUCAGAUCGUUGCGUCCAUAUUUUCUCGCACUGAAAGUAUUAUGUAUAUUUCGCGACCGAUGAGAAAGAUGGAAAAAACGAGGACUCGGUGAAAAAUGAGAUUUAUUGAGUAAAAGAAAAAGUAUUUUUUUAAUUUAAAAAACUUACGAAUGCACAAACUAACGGAAACAAUAUUUAUUGAUAGUUUUAGAUGAGCGUUAAUUGAAGUGAUUUCUCCUUUUUUAGCUGAUUGAUUUAGCUCAUUUAAAUAACUCAAUUAAAAUUUCUACUCUAAUGUCCUUGCAGAUCUGUUAACGAUACAAACAAUGAAGAAAAUCACAAAAUAUCCUCUGGGUCGAUAUCUAAUGAUUAAUUGUAUUCGUUUGAACGCGAUUAAAGGCCCCUCAAACAUUUUGAAAAUUCCUGUAUCAAGUUGCGAAAAAAAACGUGAAUCUUAACUUAUUCGCGAUGAAUCGAAUGAUUGAAAGCGCCGUAUACCCAGAAAGGUCGAAAAAAUCAUUCAAAGAAAAUCCUAUAAUACUAGAAGAUAAUACCAAAAAAAUGAAUCUUUUAAACGCUUAUUUUCAUACUUUUGUGGCGUCGAAGAUUUUUCUUCAAAUUAAUUUCUUUAAAUCGUACUCUUUUAACAAGGUAAAAAUCUGCAAAUAAUUACGGAAAUGAUUUCAGAAGCAUUCUUUCAUCAUUCAUUUUCAACCUUUUUGGGAGUACAUGCUGGAUGUAAAUGCGUACGUGAAUGAUUAAUAAAAUUAUAUAUAAAAUGUAAUUAGUCGUAACAUGAGCCGUUCUCCGUCGAGUAAAUGACAUUUUUGUAUCGAAUCGUAAAAAAACUUUUCACGAAUAUUUUAGAUUUCAGAUAGAAAUAUGCGUCUUCGUUUUUCAAAAGAUUCGAUGAGACUGAUCCCAUUAUCAUUUGUAAACAGUUUUUUUCCUACUUCCGCUUUCUAUUCCCAUAUGAGUUGAAAAAAAAUAAACUCGCAAAAAACAACGUGCCAUAUGUUGUAACGACUUUUCUUUUAAAUUAUUUCUUCAAGUGUCAAAAAUCUUUUUUUCUUCGGUGAUAAAUUUUGGGCUCGUAGUGUCGUUCCGACUAAAUCAUUAAAAUAGUAGAAAUAAUUACUUUAAAGAGACGAUACAAUGACGAAAAAUGGCUCAUCUGUAAUAUCAAUAAAGUCAAUAAUAGACGAUUCUUCCGUAAAUAUUAUCCUAUAUCCUACAGGGCUACUUGAAUUGUAGAUUAUAUCUUGAAGUAGCAAAGUGCCCAUUCGUGAGAGUUAUUUGUACGUAUAAACAGUGAAAAAUACGAACUUGUGUAGAAGAAAUGCAAAAAACAAAAAAAAAUGGUAAAUGUUUAACUGUCAUAAUAUAAUUGACGUACAUAAAGAAAAUUCGUUAUUAGCAAUCCAUCGACAUUAAUUCAGGAUGUUUAAAUGAACAAUGAAUCGAACAACGUAACAUUCAAUGAUGGUGUUAUACAUACCAUGUUAAUGUUAAGGGCUUACAUCACUGAGAAAGCUCGAAAAAAAACGAUAAUUUUCAGAAACGAGUUACAAAUGAAGGAUACAAAUUCUGUUAAAUUUUAUUUUUGAACAUUGUUUCGUUACGUUAUCGAAUCAAAAUCAUCAUUAAGUUUCGAAAAAUCUUUUGAAAUAUCCAGAUUUUCCUUACCAAUGGCAUCUGGAUAUGCUUGAGCAUCAAUAACGAGAUUUUUUAAUUAUUGGAACAAUCAUCAAAGAAACAAAUAAAGAAUGAAUCGUCAAUUUUAGCGGAUUGCUUAAUAUCAGUUAAUUUGUUUGUUAAUCGGAAAAUAAUUUUUGAAACGUUUUUCUGAUGUUUGUUUUUUGAACCGUAUGCGCAAAUACAAAAAUCUACUGUUUUUGGGAUCUCCACAGUGAUGUGAGCCAUCGAAAAUGAAUUUUAAAUAUAUACAAUUGUAAUGGUUGAUCUAAUAUACGAUAGGUAUAUAUGUAUAGCAAUGUCAAAACUAUAGGACUGAUGAUAUUUAGGGAGAAAAAGGAAUAGAAAGAAAGCGAGAGAGAGGGAGAGAGAAAAUAGCACUUAGCAAAAUGAAAGGAAAAAAAUAUUUAAACUAUUUUUUAUAUUAUAAUUUUAAGCGACCGUGACCAUUAUACAAUGAAUCUGUAUAUGAAUUACUGUACAGGCUUAAUAUUUCAGAAUCUGGAGAACAUUCGAUCUUUUUUGUUCAAUUAUUUUGAUCAUAUUUCGAUUUUAUAACUUCAAGGUUCUGUGACUGCGUAAUGUAAUUAUCUUACGUUAGUGUAAAAAAAUAUAGGAUUUGUAUACAUUUAUGCUUCAGAAUAAAACGAAAAUAGAUAGUAAAAA